CAGUCAGCCUGAAACUGGAUUUUCAAACAUGAAAACAGCUCCCUCUUGCUAUGAAGAACUGCAAUAGAACUCUUGCUAUCUGAUAGGAGGCGUUAUGAGUUUUCCCCUGGAAAGAACAUAUGAAUUAACAAUCAUCAAUUAAACAACCAUGUAAUAAAAAACAAAACAAAACACAGAACAUCCAGCAAGACUGAAGAUUCUAUCCUAGAUUUUCAUCCACAAAGCAGGACAGACUGCAUUGCUAAAGGCUGCUACCUGAUCUGGCUUGAAAAGAGCAGAGUGCAAUUGUAUCCACAUUUGACUGAGUGCUUGGUACCACAUUUGCUGGAACUAGUCUUGUGCCUCAAUCAGGACUGCACCAGUGAUGUGACCUGUCUCUGAAAGCAUCACUCUGGGUCCACUUCUCAUUCUACCAACAUUGUUGCACCUACAUUGUUCCAGAAUUGUCCGCUUCUCACUUGCAACAUGCAAACAAAACACACAGCGACUGAACAGAGAAAAUUUGCAAAAGGCAAUGCCAAGAUCUCCCAAUUAAAUCUGGAACUAAAAUUAUCAUCAUUCUGCCCACCGCCUUAAGGAAGCUAUGAAUUCCUCAGCUCAGAUUCCUGACACUAACUAUUCCCUUCCAGAACUCAUCAACUCGAAGAGCAAUCUCUCCACACAUGUAUACGAAAAUGACAGCCAGAAGCUGAAUGUUGAAGAACUUGAAAAACUACUCUUUCUGUUUGUCAAAGAACCUAUUACAAUAAGCCUGACUGCCAUGUAUAUUCUAUCGUUUGUGGUGGGAAUAAUUGGCAACAUAAUGUCUAUAAAAGUACUGACUGGAAAGCGGACCGGUAAGACGUCUAGUUUAAGCGCCACCCGAAGUUUACUUAUCAAUCUGGCCAUAUGUGACCUUAUGGUGGUUUGUGUCUGUAUGCCCAUAACAGUGGGGAAUUUAAUCUACAAAGCUUGGGUGUACGGGGAUUUUCUUUGCAGAGCAGUGCCUUAUAUCCAAGCUGUUUCUGUUUCCGCAAGCGUACUCAGCCUUACGGUCAUAAGCGUGAACCGCUACUACAGCGUACACAACCCACUAAAUGCUAGGUCUUUUUUCACCCAGAAGAAAAUAUUGUGCACCAUUGUUGUGGUGUGGGUAUUUUCUUCUAGCAUCUGCAUGCCUCUGAUAUUUAUGAAUAAAAGAGAUGAGAUUGAGAUUGUUCCUGGUCUGCCAUUAGUAUCCCCUAUCUGUAGAGAGGUGUGGCCUCAUGUGAUUUUUAAGCAAGCCUAUAACUUCCUCCUGUUCUGCUCUCUGUAUUGUCUGCCAGUUCUCUUCAACAUGGUCAUCUGCUUCUUGACCAUACGCAAGUUAUGGAGUUCUGGGAAUAAUUUUAAAGAGUGUGACUUCAGAAACCAGAGUUUGCCAGUGUCCAGACUGAAAAUUAGAAAGAAGAUUGCAAAAAUGGUGGUGGCUUUGGUUUCCCUGUUUGCUGUUUCCUGGCUUCCUGUGUACAUGUUGGAUAUUUGGAUUGAUUUUAACAUCCCUCAAUCUUCUCAAGAUGUUGCUCCAUCACCAUGGAUUCUCCAGUUGAGACCCUUCGCUCAAUGGCUUGGUCUCACCAACUCCAGUCUCAAUCCAAUAUGUUAUUGCUUUGUUGGUGAUCUCUACAGGUCAGCCAAACACAUGAAGACCAUGUAUCAAAAUAGAAUGGUUUCCAUGUUUAGUUUCUCGUUCUCGGACAGUUCUCCACACUCAAUCCCAAAACUUCUUUCCUACAAGAACUCGAUGCAUUCAAUGAAAGGAUCCAAAAAAAAAAACUUCCCUUUGGCAAUGGAGGACAAAUGUGAAAACUGCUAUUCCACAACAAGAGUGUUUUCAACCACAGACCCAGCGAGCCAUCUCUCAUCAUGAAAUAUAUUCUCAUUAAACCUGACACCCUGUGAAUAUAGAACAUUCAAUCUAGUUGGUACUCGUAAACUGUGAAACAAAUGCAACCAAUGAAUGAAUAAAUUGGAUUAUAGAUUUAUGAACUAAACAGUGACAUUAUUUGGCUCGUUUAACAAAUGCUUUGAAUAUUGU